AUGGAUGGCGGACCGUCGAAGACUGAGGCAGCAACCGCCCCCCAACAACCCUAUUCUCAACCAAAUAUCUCCGAGCUUUCGUCCACGCUACUAGGAGACAACACGAGACACGCACAGAACGGACAUACAGUCAACUGUAAGUCAGACGAAGGCCAGCAUGAGGUGACGGACGGCGAGCGUCAGCCUCCAAGGCUUGUACUUCACACCGAAGACGACGUCCCCGGCGAUCAGAGCCCCAGCACCCGCGAACCCAGGAUGCGCCCGCGUAUGACCCUCGACCUCGAGUCCGAUGACAUGGAUAUAUUCUACGACAGCAAGCUGUCUAUUGAAGACUCUUCUCCAAAGCCAUGCAUCACGCCCGGGAACGCGCUUCACCUCAUCGACGACGACCCUUCGCCGCGCUCGCAGACUCCCUCCUCCGUCAUUAUCAUUCCCUCAGACGAACCCGCGCAUGACCACGAUUCCAACGCGGAUGGCUACAGGAGCCCAUCUGAGCCCCCACCUGUGCGCCCGGUCCCUCGCGUCCGCUUUCGGUCGCGCGUGCGCAUCACUUCGGGAGUGCACCGGCAUCGGAACAGUAUGAGUGCUGUGAACGGUACCUCUACACCCUCGUCUGCCUCAGACUCCCCGUCCUCGUCGAUAUCUGCGCCACUGCGAUAUCAGGCGGACGAGAAUACUGGGUGGGGCCCGCUUGGGAAGCGCCUCAGUGCGUAUGCCAGUGCGGGAGGCUGGCAGAGGCGCGGUAUCCCCUCGGCGCAUGGAACGCCGAACGGACAUUCGCAUGGGACACAGACGCGCGUAGGUGUAGGUGCGGGACGUGUAAAUGAGCGGACUCCUCUAGUACAUUCACGGCGGCGCCCACCAUAUGACGACGACGAUGUUAGGGAAGAUGAAGAGGAGGACUCGCAAGAGAGGGAAUCACGCGUCAAAAGGGAGCAGGACUCAGAGUUCGGGACAUGGCCGAUGAGGAUACUCAAUCCGCAUUGGUGGUGGUGGCAUCUUGAACCCGUCGUGUGUUGCUUCUACUGCUCUGAAGACUCCGAGUAUGAGGAGUAA